AUGGUGAAGGAACGCCAAGGAGAACGAAUUAGACUCUACGUCGGGGGCACCGUUCUCGGAUACAAAAGGUCUAAGUCAAACCAGUACCCGAGCACCUCCUUGAUUCAGAUCAAUGGAGUGAACACCAAAGAAGAGGUGGCAUGGUACGCUGGAAAGCGCCUGGCGUACAUCUACAAGGCCAAGGUGAAGAAGAAUGGGAGCCACUACCGCUGCAUUUGGGGCAAGGUUUCCAGGCCUCAUGGUAACAGUGGCAUCGUUCGUGCUAAGUUCACUUCCAAUUUGCCACCCAAAUCCAUGGGUGCUCGUGUUAGGGUAUUCAUGUAUCCCAGCAAUAUAUAA